CAAUCGUAUGAGGAAGGGGACAGGGAAUUUCCCUUAAGUUGGUUGUCUAUGCCUGUGCAUUUGCUAAUCGAUUAGUUUAUAGCCAUAUGCACCUUUGUGUGCAGAACAGACUCCUGACCCAGACGUAGCCGUCCUUUUUCGCAUCGUUUCUGGAACGCCGACAAUGACCGCACUACCAUUGGUGGUAAGGUCUCCACACCUCCUAGGUGGGGAGCCACAUGCUCAAAUUCAUGAGGAGCCUCGGCAAAGGGGCAUGAGAUUUCGAUAUAAAUGUGAAGGUCGAUCAGCAGGUAGCAUACCAGGAGAGCGCAGCACAGACAACAACAGAUCAUACCCCAGCAUACAGAUUCAAAAUUACUUUGGUAAAGGCAAAGUCAGAGUUUCACUUGUGACUAAAAAUGAGCCCUAUAGACCACAUCCACAUGAUUUGGUUGGUAAAGAUUGCAAAGAUGGAUACUAUGAAGCUGAGUUUGGACCAGACCGUACAAUAAUUUCUUUCCAGAAUCUUGGCAUUCAGUGUGUGCGAAGGAGAGAGGUUAAGGAUGCUAUUGAGUCACGUAUAAAAAAAUGCAUCAACCCAUUCAAUGUACCACGAGAGCAGCUUUUGCAAAUUGAAGAGUAUGACUUGAACGUUGUAAGACUCUGCUUCCAGGUGUUCCUUGUUGAUGAACAUGGCCAUUACACAAGACCUCUUUGUCCUAUCAUCUCUAACCCAAUCUAUGACAACAGAGCACCAAACACAGCAGAACUGAGGAUUUGCCGUGUGAACAAGAAUUUUGGUUCUGUUAAGGGAGGAGAUGAAAUUUUCCUCCUGUGUGACAAAGUUCAGAAAGAUGAUAUUGAAGUUCGUUUUUUCAUGAAAGACUGGGAAGCCAAAGGAUCUUUUUCUCAAGCAGAUGUCCAUCGCCAGGUUGCAAUUGUCUUUAAAACCCCACCAUUUUACAACACAAAUAUCACAUCGCCAGUGUCUGUUCAGAUGCAGCUCCGCCGACCUUCUGACCAGGAGGUCAGUGAAGCAAUGGAGUUCAAGUAUCUGCCAGAUGAUAAAGAUCCAUAUGGAUGUAAUGAGAAGAAGAGGAGGAGAGAAACAUUUGAGAAGAUCAUCCAGAGUCUGCCAGGGAUGAACAUGGAGAGAUGUGCUGCUAUUCAACAAAGCAGUGUGACUCCAACAAUUAAAAAAGAGCCAAUGAAUGUGUUUACCCAAAGAUAUCCUGUGCAACACAGCAGUAAUAAUUUUAGCCAGCCUCAGCACUUCAUGUCCCACUCUUCAGAUAUGCUGUACCCUCACCAUUCUCUGCAGCCUGUGAUGAACUCGCACCAUUCCUCAUCCAUGAACAGUGGCAGCGGCUGGUCUCACGGACAAACCAGCAUCCCUUUGGAUUCUCUGCGGUUCAGUCAGCACCAACAGAGUUGUACCACCACUAUGCCAACUUCUAUUCCAAGCUCAAAAAUGCACAUGCCUGGUGAUAUUACACUUCCUCUACUCACAGAAAUUGACCUUAAAUGUUUAGACACAAAUGGUUCAAAUGGUGCUUUACCAGCUGUAGUAGGCAGGAAGGAAAAUGAUACCAACAGUAACGGGCAUUUACCUCUGCAGUCGACAAAUGUGUACACAGCAGCAUGUGCCAACACUUUGGAUGGAAGCUCUCUGAAUGCAGCUGUAGCAAACAACAAUAAUAAUAUGGACACUAAUGACAUUCUUCUAAGUGUGACUUCAGAACAUAUAUACCAGUGGACAGCACCACCACCCUCCCAGGGUUCUCAGGGACCCAAUGCCUCACUGGGGAUGAUCGGCUCAGAAUCUCAGGUGCCUUAUGAUGAUGCAGUUCCUAGGCUUGUUAACAAUGGAGAUAUCUUUAAUGGGUUGAGGCAACCCAACAAUGACAGCCAACAUGGCAAUCCUGGUGGUACACCGAGCAGUGAGCAUUACAGGGCAGAGGCUAAUCCAAGCACUGGCCACUUCAAUUUAAUUUCGCGAUGGGAGUACUUUCAUUCAUGAUUAAAUAAGAAGCAAAUGUUAUCUAUAGGAAGGGGGUGAACUCCAGUGAACUGGCAUCAAGAGGCUUAAUUUAUUUUAUUUAUGUCUAUGGCCUUGCAAGAAGGUGUGCAAAUAAUGGAACCCAUAUUAAGUAUUCAGACAAAUGAAAACAGAAACUCAAAAGUGUCAUACGGUGAAUCAUCACACUGAGUUUAUCUGCUAAAAUUGUUUUGUUUCCUUCCUCACAGAAAAACAUCAAGCAGCUUUCACCUCCUAAUAAUUACUCACUGUGAGCUGCAGAUUGGACGUUGCAUGUCCUGAAAGGCUCCUCAUAGCUCAGCAAUGACAAGCAUCCCAAUGUGAAAAGCCGCUAUUACGGUAAAAAUACAAGAGUGACACAAUGCCAGCCUUGUAGCCAUUUGACUUAAAUUGUCAAAGGGUGAAUGUUUUAAACAACAGAUUUAGGGUACCGAGAUUAAUUUUUAUAUUUCAAAUGUACAUGUGGGGAAACUUCAUCCGAUGGCUCAAUUUUCUGUAUAGUGUCAUAUAUAUAUAUAAAGUAUAUAUGGUUUAUGGGACAUUCUUAGUGAACUUUUAGUAAAAUACUAAAGUGGAUAUUUUUCCACUCGGAUGAGUGCCAUAUAAAAACCUCCAAAAGGUCUCUGGAGAUGCCGCUGUUGAUUACAUAGCAAACUCACCACUCCAGAGUAUGGCUAUGAGAUUUUUAGCCCUAACAGGGAAAUCAGGAAAGGGCACUUUCCUUUGUAAUGGCUAUGUCAUGUUAAAACAAGUUCUCAAAGUCUGAUGUAUUUAAUCCAAGGUUUUAGCAAACUUGCAGCAGUACGAGUUUUAUAGAUAGUGUGCUUGUGUAAUGUAUUCAGACAUUUAUCAUAAAUCAAUGCAACAACACAAUCUGACCAACAAGUAAAUUUAUUACUAACUUUUUUUUAUUUGCCAGUACUUUUUUUGAAUUGAGCUUUCUGUAUAUAAGCUUUAUACUAAUGUGCUUAAACAGUCAACCUGAAUGUGUUUGAUAGUACAAUUGUAAUGUGCCAGUUUUUUAAUGUAACAAGACUAUCUUUGUUAGUGGGACU